AUGGGGUGUUGUAAUUCUGCAGAAGAGCAGGCAUUAGCACCUCAAAACCUCACAAGUACAGUUACUGUUUCAAACAUACCAAACGAACAGAUAUAUGAAAACAAGUUUGCUCCACAAGCAGAAGGUCAUGAUAAAGUUCCUUUGUUAAAUGCGGUUUCUACACAAAAUAUAACAUUCAGUGAUGAUACUGAUUCAUCAUCAGUUGAUCAAGAUAUGAUUAAAAACCUUCUUGAUCAAGUCAAAUUAUCUGAUGACGAUGAUUAUUGA